AUGGCAACCGUCAAAGAAGGGUUUCGAAUACAAAGGAGAGACAUAGCUCUUGAUAUUUGCGAGACCAAGGAUGAUGAACUCUUCCCGUUGAGUAUAUCCUCACCCUCCUCGCUAUUCAAGGUUUACAAGACUGAUGAGGUCAAACGGGGACGGAGAAAGGCGUCCAUAUCUAACAAAAGGUAUAGAAAAAAGAAUACAUUAGCAGAAAAUACAACAAAAUAUUUACUCAACCCACAACAUAAGGAACCCAUUACAACUUUUUCUCAUUCGCACCUACUAAAUGUGCCAGCAAAGGAAAAAGAAUCCUCUAUUUUAGGGUUUCGUACUUCACAUUUUAAUGUGAGACAUCGACUUGCGUUAGAUCAGCAAAGUAAUAGUCUUUGCUUAGACUAUGUGCGUGGCACGGACGACGGACCCCCUUCGAGAGCGGACACGCUUUCCCACUCGACACGACUCUUACAAGAGGACGACGAGGGCGAUGUGGAGUACAAAUGGCGUCUUACGGGCGUCACCACGGAACGUUUCGAACAUCUCGUCACACAGAUGCAAUUUCGUGUCUUUGAGGGCAACGGCCAGUGCCUCUAUGAACUGGGUGUGAACGAUGACGGUGUGCUAAGAGGCUUACCAGAGGCAGAGUUUGAAGAAUCUGUAAAGACAAUUGAGCGCAUGGCCGCGGCGCUGUCGUUUGACUGCCUUCUGCUCAAGCGCUGUGUGGUUCGUACUCACCCUGAAUACCUUUUCUGCGGUGAGUUGCUUGUUUCACGAAGAUACGCCGCGGGGCAGGACUUGAGUGUCGUUUUCUGCGGUGCCGUAAACUGUGGAAAGUCAACCUUGAUGGGGGUGUUACUCAGUGCUACUUUGGACGACGGUGAUGGCAGCACUCGUCAGCUUUUGUUUAACCACAAACAUGAAAUCGACACCGGGCGUACCACAUCGAUAUCAACGCGAAUUUGGCACUUGCGAGAGGGGGAUGAUAUAGAUGAGGAGACCCUAGGUCAAGGGCUCUUGUCAAUUGGAAAUGAUGGUUUCUGCGACCCACUUCAGUUGCCGAGAAGAUCCAGCAGGGAAUCGUUGGCGAUGCCUCUUGCUGCCGGUGUCACCAGGGGUAGCAGUCCCGAACGAGGGGACUCAUAUCAGAGAGCGAAUCAAUCUGAAAAACAGCAGCAGCGCUUUAUUCUUAUGAUGGACGUCGGUGGCGACAUAGCAAAGUCAAUGCUCUUUGCUAUUAUGAGCCGAAAACCAGACUAUGUGUGUCUGUGCGUCGCGUCCAACGAGCCUGCUCACUACUUGGGAUUGUAUGCCCAAACGUGUGCCGCGAUGGGUACUCCUUUCCUACUCGUCGUCACAAAGUGCGACGCCGUUGACGAGUUUGAGCUUUACACGUAUUGCAUGGAUCUGACCGCGACGCUCGAGGGCUUGGGGUACAUGUGUAAUCUGAUCGAUAGCAAGGAGGAGGCGCUUGAGUAUUGUAUUAAUUGGCUGCCCAUGCAGUCACACGAUGCCACGGCUGGCGACGAUCCCACUGAUCUAGACCCCUCACCCCCGUUGAAACCCAUAAGGGUCCCGCUGUUCACCGUUUCGAGUGUGACCGGGAAAGGGCUAAAGCUCUUCCAGUACUGUGUCUCCCACCUUCGAAGCGUCCGGCACCGCCCUUCCCAGUCUCCGGCGACGUCACCUGUGUCGCAGCCCCUCUUUGAGGUGCUCCUGGAUCGCGCCUUCCAGGUCAAGGACGUCGGGCCUGUUCUCCAGGGGCGCGUCUCGCGGGGCAGGGUGGUGGUGGGGUGCAGCUGCUGUAUUGGGCCGGACGCGUCCGGGGCAUUUCACCCGGUCUUCGUCUGGGACAUUCACAUCGAACGGACCCAUGUGAACGAGGCCCAUCCCGGAGAUGAAGCGACGUUUGCCGUAGAUCACCUGCCAGAGCAAGUCGAAAUCUCGCAUAAGGGUAAGGUCCUGGUCGGCAAACCGGAGAAUGUGUGCGACACCUUCCUUCUGAGUGUUCAGCUGCUAUCGCAGAGCUUUACACCAAACCUUCAGCCUAUUUUCUACUCCAGAAACGCGCGACAAGCAGUCAGAAUUCGCUCAUACCGUUCCACGUUGUCCAAUGGGAGGUCAGCAACCACCAUGGGAUCGAACGAAACAGAAUAUGAAGUCGAAUGCGAGUUCAUGUACCGGCCGGAGGUGCUUACAAUUGGCUCCCCGUGUGUGUUGCAGUGGAUGCCUAACGGCAUUGCGGUGGGUAAAGUAUGCUUUUUAGGGUCCCACAAGAUGUAUGCAUCCAUAGGCAAUUGA